GGUAGAGCUCCAUGCGUUGAAUAGAAAACAAACGGGCACGAUGGCCGAAGCUAAACGAGUUGGAUUAACAGAGAAGGACAUUGCCAAAGUCGAAAAGAAAAGAGCCAAGAAGCAGGCCCAAAAACUUAAAAAAAAGCAAAAGAAACUGUCCAGUAAUGACCUUCAAACGGAACCUGCUGCAAAAGGUGGAAAUCUUGUGGCCGAGACUCCACAACCAAUUAAAGAUUUAGUAAUACCAAUAUCAAAAAACAAAAAGAAGAACGAAGUUAAAGGCUUAGGUAAAAAGCAAAAGAAACUGUCCAGUAAUGACCUUCAAACUGAACCUGCUCCAGAAGGUGGAAAUCUUGUGGUCGAGACUCCACAACCAACUAAAAAUGUAGUAAUACCUACCUCAAAAAACAAAAAGAAGAACGAAGUUGAAGGCUUAGAUAAGGUUAAAAAGGUACGCGACCCUGCCGCUGAGGCAGCCACAGUAUUCGUUGGCAAUUUGCCGAUAAACACGAAACGCGUGCAAUUGAUACGUCUUUUCCAGCCUUAUGGAACUGUACAGUCAAUACGUUUGCGCACAGCUGGCGGGAAACAACUAUUUAAGCAUAAGCAACGCAAAAAUGCAAGCUCCUUAAACGCCUACGUUCUGCUCGACAGCGCAGAUGUAGCAGAAAAGGCCUUAGCUUUAAAUGGCACCGAGUUCAAAGCCAAGCAUUUGCGUGUUACUCCUGCAUCCAAAGCCGGCGACGGUCUCGAUGGUCAUUCAAAUGAGGGAGAUAGGAAACGCACUGUGUUCGUGGGUAACCUAAAAUACACGGCGGAUGAAGAAAAAUUGCGUGAGAUUUUUUCUAGUUGUGGCGAAAUCGAGUACAUCCGCUGUUUACAAGAUGGUGAAAAGGGCUGCAAGGGCGUUGCAUUUGUGUGUUACAAGAAAGCCGAUGCGGUCGGGCUAGCACUGGAGUUAAGCGGGACUUUGCUCGACGACAGGCCCAUUAAUGUUGAACGUUAUUCUGUAGAUAAAUUGGGCGCCAAGCAGGCACGAGAUGUGGCAACUAACUCUCAAUCAAACCCCAAAUCGGCACAAAAUAAAACUGGAGCCACGAAACGUAUUGCUAAAAAGAAUAACAAGCAAAAUGAAAAAACGGCGAAACCAACGACAGUCAAAAAGAAGAAAUCGGAAUAUCGCGGCGUUAAAGUGGAUGGCAUCAAGAAGUCUAAAAAUAAACCUAAGAAAAAUGGCAAUAAUAGUUUAAAGGCCAUGGCAAAGAAAAUAGCACCGAAGCCAAAAUAAAUUAGCUGAAAGUUAACUUCAACUUGA